CGUCCGGGAAACAUGUCGAGGGCUUCGGGACGGGGCGGUUUGACGAGCAAUGAGAUCGAGCGCUGGUGGGGAGGUACCUCACGGUAAUGGCGGGCGCGGCGGAGCGGCGCUGGAUGCCGAUGGCAUGGAGUUCCUGCUGGAGCCAGGCUACCGGUUCCCACUCAGGGAGGAGUUCGCGGACAGCUUGGAGUUGGAGCAGCCAAAUCCGGACACUCUAGGGUUCCUCCGUCCGUCCAUGGCGCUGGGCUGCAUCGCCGCCGACGCCGUCGCCACCGCCCCAUCACCGUCGACCCCGAGGCCACCGCUGCUCUCUAGAUCUCAGUCUCACCGGCGCUCCUCUCUGCCUUGCUCCCCUGUACUGGACAGCUGCUCGCCGGUGUCGACUUUCUCCUGUACCGAUCGGCGGCAUCUCGUUCUCCUGUACUGGUUGGCGGCAUCUCGUUCUCCUGUACUGGUCGUCUGCACGCGAUCUCUAGUCUGGCAGCCUCCACCAGACACCACAGGCAUGUGCUACGCUUCAGCCGACUCAUUCGGAGGUAUUGUUGUAUGUGAAUUGGAAAUCAGAAGUUGCGAAGCGCCAUCAAUACUGCUUUGGAGCAUCGCCACUACUCCUGCCAUGCCGGCUAUUUGCAACAUGGUGGAUGUUGUGGUGACAGAUGCAGCAGAGCUGCCGCGCUGCCCCUCUGCUUUUCAACAUGUCGCAUGUUGCGCCGGGGUGCGGUGGUGGUGGUAGGUGCCGCACUCCAGGAUGCAUCACUCCUCGCAGGAACGGCUUGCAGCGGUCGUUGCCAUGGCACUGCUUUGCAGCAUCAAUGGUGGUCGUGCCGGCUGGCAGAAUCGCGGUGGGCGAUGUCUCUGAAGAUAAGAUGGAGAAUGUGCGGGCCCACCAGGCAUGUGGCAAUUGCACGAGGCACUUGAUUCUACAUUAAAAAUUAUAAUGCAAAUUAUGAAAGUGGGAUGUGAACCGGCAAGAGCAAUGGUUGAAUUGUUGCCAGUGGAAGAGUAAUGGGUGAAUUGUAAACAGUGACGUAUUGUGAACUGGAUGUGUAUUUGUUGCAUAAUUUCUUUGAAGUUGAAUUAUGUAAUGAAC